AUGCUAGGAGGCCGGAUGGAAGCCGCGGUGUCGGUGGUGAGCAGGAGGACGGCGCUCUUCCCUCUCCCCGGCAGCGCCCGGCGGCGCGGCGUCACGCUUUGCCCCGUCACGCGCCGUUGCCUAGGAGACGGGAAGCACGCUGGCUCCCUCGCGCCGCUGGGAGCCCAUGGCGCGAGCGCAGCCGUGGCGCGCGGCCCUUUCCCGGGAGCCGGGAGUGCGCGUGCGCCGGUGUCGCGCUUCUUCAGUCGGGCCGUCGAAGGGCGAGAUGUAAACAUUUCUGCAUCACCUACACAGUCCGAAAGCACCAAAGGUAGUUUUCCUCUGUCUGGAAGCAGAAAGCUUUAUUUUGACACUCAUGCCCUCGUGCGCCUCCUGGAAGCAAAUGGAUUCACUACACAGCAGUCUGAAGUCAUUGUUUCAGCUUUAAUGAACAUUAUGAAGAGCAACAUGGAUGUGGUAUACAAAGACAUGCUCACAAAAAUACAACAGGAAAUUGCUCUUCAACAGAUAAUGUCACGAAUUGGUGUUGUGAAAAAAGAUAUGAUUAUUUUAGAGAAAAGUGAAUUUUCAGCACUCCGAGCAGAAAAUGAGAAAACAAAACUUGAACUUCAGCAACUGAAAAAGCAAGUAAUGGAUGAAACAUCCAAAGUUCGCACUGACAGCAAGUUAGAUUUCAAUCUAGAAAAAAGUAGAGUGAAAGAAUUGUUUUCACAUAAUGAGAGAAAAGUUUUGAAAAUGAGAACAGAAAUAGUGGAAUUGCAUGCACAGCAAGAUCGGGCUUUAACGCAGACAGACAGGAAAAUAGACACCGAAGUUGCAGGUCUGAAAACAAUGCUUGAAUCGCACAAACUUGACAACAUUAAAUAUUUAGCAGGUUCAGUAUUUACAUGCCUUACCGUAGCACUGGGAUUUUACCGUUUAUGGGUAUAACAGAGGGUCUGAUUUGAAGCAACCCAUACUAUCUUGCCUUAGGAAAAAGACACUUAGUUGAAGUAAUGUAGCCUUUAUUUCCAAAAAUUGCUGCCUUUAAUUUAUUUCUUAAACUACCGAAUGUAACCAAUGUAUGUGUCUGAAAAUAAAUACAUUUAUGAGUAUGUUAAUUGAAAUUUGGCUUGAUUCUCAGGCCACCAUUUUGCACUGUUUUGUCCACCUACCUAAUAUAUACAUAUUUCUGGGAUAAAUUAAUUAUGUGAUUUGCCAUAUUGCUGAAUGUGUUCCAACGCCAUGAUGCCAAAUUAGAGUAGUAGCUACUUAAUUGUUACUCUCCAAGUUCUAAGGAAAGAGCAAGCACUAAGUGAAAGGAGGGGACAUCCUUAAGCAUCCUCGUGUAAUUAGGUUUCUUUUCAGUAGAAAUUCUUAUUUCCUUAUGGGUUGUUAAACCUUCCUGUAAAAGCUGUCUUUGAUUUUAAUAGAUAAAUAUGCUUUUAUUGUGGUCUUCUUUAUAAAUUUUUAUCCAGCUAAUGUUUUAUGAGCAGGGGUUAUAGACAGUUCACAUUGAAAAGUAAUUGCUAAAUGAAUGGUAGACUGAAAACCAUAUCUUAGGUGCUACUUUGAUUUUUUUUAAAGCAA